UCAUGUGAAGGUGGUACCACAGGACCCAAUCUACACCCGAAUGUGGGAGUGUCCAUGGCUGGUAACUGCCCCCCACUGUGCUGCCUGCCCCCUGCCCUCCCCUAGAACUGCAUUACGUGGCACAUUGUCACCCAGGAGCCUGAUAUAUAUAUUGUCCCCCCUACAGACCGAACACAAGCUGGACUUCUGCACAACAGGUGAGACGUUGCUCAGGAGACAUAAGAAGAUAAAAUGGGGCGAUGGGUUUCUCUCCUUCUCUUGGUUCUUGUACCAGUUUUUGGGAAUGAGAGUAAUAAUCAGUGCACUCUAGCCGACCUGAUGAGCCUCAGCAACACUGUAAAGUCUAUGGCUGCCAGCAUUCUGGAAAAUGCCAAGAUCACUUGCAUCGACGUACAUACCAAAUCCGCCUACGCCUCCUGCCCCUCUGAUUACAGUGUCACUUCCUGUUCCUGUGGGAUGGGCUGUGGCUCGUGGGACAUUCAGUCGGAAGUUACGUGCCACUGUCAGUGUGGGGGGAUGGACUGGACCACUGCUCGUUGUUGCAAGAUCACCACAAAAUGCUGAUCUUCCCAGCCCCACCAAUGGCAAAUGAGACCAUCAGACUGAAUCAUUGCCUAUGUUGCUAUAUUUUCUUUUAUUGGCAAGUAGAGAACAAAGUGUGGGAUCAUGAACUCACUGAGUAGCAGAUUCCUGGGAAUGUUUUGUGUCUCCACCAAUGAGCAGCAGUUCUGCCCUGGGAGCUGUUUAGUUGCAGGGGGAGACAUUGAAUGGUUAGACACUUCCACUUUAAAUUCUGAAUAACAAUGAGGGUCUAUAAAGCUGCUCAGGAUUUGCCACUGGUUUGUUUUGUAUAAGGGAUCCGCACAUGUGUGACGUCAAUAAACCAUCUCUAAUGAA